CGUGAAGAGCACGACUCAUCGCCCCCCGCACUGAUUAGCAAUUCGACGUUAAUCCGACGGCUGAAUUUCCUCGUACGCACGUGUACCUGCAAUAGGUCGAGCAUCCAUUGUAUCCGCGUCAUCGAAACAACAUAAAAGGAGGGGCGAUCGAGGGGAGAGGCGACGGCGAAGGCGAAGGCGAGGCGUAUUGGAACGAAGGGGGUGAGCAAAGAGAGCUUAGAGACAGAGAAAGGAAGAGAGAAUGGGGUGGAUCGGGGACAGCGUGGAGUCCAUCCGAUCUCUCCAGAUCAGGCACCUCCUGACGCAAAUCAUAAGCCUCGGGAUGAUUGUGACUUCAGCGCUGAUCAUAUGGAAGGGCUUGAUGUGUAUUACCGGGAGUGAAUCGCCUGUUGUGGUUGUUCUAUCUGGAAGCAUGGAGCCUGGGUUCAAGAGGGGUGAUAUUCUAUUCUUGCACAUGAAUAAGGAUCCCAUUCGUGCUGGAGAGAUAGUUGUGUUUCAUGUUGAUGGACGUGAAAUUCCAAUUGUUCAUCGUGUAAUCAAGGUCCAUGAGCGACAGGACACAGGAGAGGUUGAUAUUCUAACAAAAGGUGAUAAUAAUUUUGGAGAUGACAGACUUCUUUAUGCUCACGGUCAGCUUUGGCUUCAGCAGCAUCACAUCAUGGGCCGAGCUGUAGGGUUUUUACCAUAUGUUGGCUGGGUGACCAUUAUCAUGACUGAAAAACCAAUCAUCAAGUAUUUGCUCAUCGGUGCUCUGGGAUUGCUGGUUAUAACAUCCAAGGAUUAGACAUGCUGCAGACGAGUCAAAUUGUAGUAAAUUUCUGUGGACCUUUUUAUUAAUUUUAACCCGCGGAUGCUUAAGGAGUGGCCUUCCCGGUUCGUUGAUGAAAAAGAAGCGUUAGUUCAAAUAUGAGACAUUUUAAUUUUAAAACUUCAGUUGCCGUACCUUUCUCUUUCAAUCAAGCCACUAAUCGUGGGCGAGUGCUUCGUAAAUUCAGUCAGUUAGGGCUAACACCUUUUGUAAUUAGCCCCCCUCGCUCGGAUUGGCAAGGGAUCAGAGCUAAGGUUUGGUAGGUUUAAGCUGCCGUCUUAAUGUUUAGCCACAACGUUCUGCGUAUGUCAGUUGCAACGAAGCCCCCCAGCUUUAUGAAUGAUGGGAAACAUUUGUGAAA